CACACAUUUUCUCCUCGUCGAGGACUGUUCGAGCGCUGAGCUGCUAUGCCCUCGACACCCACCAAACGAACUGCAGAACAGCCUCCAGACAAUGAACGGCCGUCGAAGAGACAGUUUGUGUCGUCUCCAGAGGAAGGCGAAGUAGACGAUCCAGAUCCACACUCGCCGCAACCAGCUAAUGGAUCGCCGCCAAAGUCUCCGCAGGAAUCCAAACCAAAGGUCAAGUUUCCCUUCAAAACUAGAGCUAGUAACCAGGAUCCGCCACCCGUGCCACCUGCUAGGCUUAGCACUUCGGACGACAGGACACUGGCCCCCGUUUAUGACCGGCCAGGCGACGACGACAGACGUAUGUAUAACGAGGAGCAACGCACAGGAAGACCUAGCUAUGCACAUGGCCAACCCCGACGGCGGCCACACUAUGGAGACCACUGGGAACCAAGUUCAGAUCGUCGCCAACCUAGUUGGGAUUCCCAAAGGGAUGGAUACAGACAUGAUUGUUAUAGGCCACCGCUGCCACACAGAUACGCAGACAGGAGCUACGACAGAGACAGAGAUAGGUCUCCUUCCGAGCGUUCGCGGUCUCCGUCCUCGACCCCAAGAGGAAAGCACAGGCUACCGUCCCACUAUUCCACACCAGCAUUCUCUCCCCCUCCUCGUAAUUAUGACGUUGACAGACUGCACGAUCAGAGAAUGCGCGAUGCAUGGGAUCGCGACCGGUACCUCGAUGACCGUCACCGCCCGGACAACCGACUUCACUAUAAUGAUGACCGGCAUUACCGUCCGGAUUACGGUUACGAACGUGGUCGCUUUGAUAGACGCGGUAAUGACGACAGUCAACCGCCUCGCGCUGCCGAUUACCGUCCUGUCUCCCCGGGCGGUGGUGACUCUUAUCGACCAAUUUCUCCCCGCCCACUUCCACCACAGUCACCGCCACCAUCGUUGCCCCCGAGUGGUCCACCACCGCCACCACCGUCAUCCCCCCCUCCGGUUCCCCCUGCUCAUCCCGUCAAAGACGACACCCUCCCCGCUGCUCACAGUGCCGUCUCUAUUGCAAUGCCAUUUAAGCGACCCCAGGCUCCGCGGGAUGACCACUCCCCAUCACCGUACCCACUACCACCUGCACAUGAGGAUGAUGUUCGUCGGGCCCAGGAGAAGAGGGACGCAGCAGGUGGAGAUCUUGCAGCCAUAUCUGCGGUACCCCCGCAGCGUCGGCGUCGUGAACCUGUUCAUCGGACAAGAAAAGAGGAGAUGGCUGUUUAUGGACGAACAUUCGAAGGAUGCGGUCGGCAGAGCGACUACGAGACGACCACGAAGCUUGGUGAGGGCACUUUUGGGUAAGUCAAUUUCUCGACUCCCCAACGGAACGGCUGCUAAGUUGACGGUACCAGCGAGGUCCAUAAGGCCAUCCAACUCGCUACUGGACGCGCUGUCGCACUGAAACGCAUACUGAUGCACAAUGAAAAGGAAGGCAUGCCUGUUACAGCCUUGCGAGAAAUCAAAAUCUUGAAGGCGCUGCGUCAUCCUUGCAUCGUUGACAUCCUGGACAUGUUUGUUGUCAGAAGUACGCCAAAUGGGCCGUGGAACCGG